AUGCGUUCCUCCAUCGUUGCCGCUCUGUCCUUGGCCUCUAUCACGGUUGCCGGUCCAGUCUCUUCUCCUACCGCAACAGAUCCGGUCAAUGUCUACGCAGCCCAGGCAACGGCGUUAACUCGCUCCCCAACCAGUAAUGUCAAGGGGAAAGUCUUUGACCGCUAUGUCUCCAUCUGGUUCGAAAAUACCGACUAUGAUAUGGCAGCUGCAGACCCCAACUUUGCUUUCUUUGCAAAAAAGGGAAUCACGUUAAGUAACAGCGUAGCUGUGACACAUCCCAGUGAGCCGAACUAUAUGGCUGCGGUGGGUGGUGAUUACUUUGGUCUGAAUGGUGACCCUUUCAUUGCAAUUCCGGAGAAUGUUUCGUCGGUGGUAGACUUGCUCGAGGAUAAAGGCAUCUCGUGGGGUCUUUACCAAGAAGACAUGCCUUAUUCGGGAUAUCAAGGAAUGUCCUGGGUCAAUCAAAAAAAUGGUGCAAAUGAUUAUGUGCGAAAACAUAACCCCGAAAUUCUGUACAACUCUGUAGUCACCAAACCAGAGCGUGCUGCUCAGAUCAAGAACACGACCAUGUUCUUCGAAGAUCUCAAAAACGAUCAGCUGCCCCAGUGGAUGUUCAUCACCCCAAACAUGACCAGCGAUGGCCACGACACCUCUGUUACCACGGCCGGCGUAUGGCUUCGGACAUUCCUGGAGCCACUCCUUAAGGACAAGAACUUCAUGAAAAAUACAUUGGUUUUGAUCACCUUCGACGAGAACGAAACCUACAGUAUCGAAAACAAAGUCUUCAGUGUUCUUUUAGGAGACGCAGUCCCCGAGGCCCUUGUUGGCACAACUGAUUCGAACUACUACAACCAUUAUUCGGAGAUCUCAACUGUAGAGGCCAACUGGGGCUUGUUCACACUCGGCCGCUGGGACGUGGGGGCUAACGUUUUCUCCAUGGUCGCUGCUGAUACGGGUGAUCGCCUUCGGAAAUGGUCCGUCCCUCAAACACAGUACUUCAACUUUUCCUACCCUGGAAUCUUCAACUCGGCAAAGUGGGCUCCACAGCCAGUUCCUGAUUGUCACUCAAACCGAAAUGGACGAACUACGCUUCCUAAAAUUCGAGACACUUGGAUCAAACUCCAGGGCGAAAACUACUACCACGGACAACUUGAAAUUCCUGAUGGCUACAACCCACCCGUCCGUUCAUAG